AUGAUGGGACGUUUUUUCGAAAUUGGACCAUUUGGGGACCCAAUCCCUGGUAGGGAGAACAAAGGUGGUCAAGAAAUUGCUGGAGGGUACAGGGGAAUUUUGACUGUGCACCGUGGGGACGAGAAGUAUCUUGUCAAAGCUUACCACCUGACUAUUUCUUGGCUGUCGCAACGUUGCUGCUGGUCUUGUCAUGCAUCUCGGAUGUCAAACUCAGAGCUGCUUUUUACCCAUUUUGGGCCCAAUGCACAACAUCGACAAACAUUGGUGGGGACUGCUGAGUUCAUCCAGUCUUGCAAACCUAAUGCAUGGGUAAAUUUGCCCGGAUGGCACGUGGAAGUGGUGAGCUAUGACUUCCUUCAUGUGUUUGACUUGACCUUGGUGCCAGACGCAGCUGCGUCGGCUCUUGUGGAACUAUCACAAACGGAUGAAGUAUGGGAAGGCACUGUAUGUGUAGUGUUGCGCACAAGGUUCCCACAUAAUAGUGAAUGUCACAUCAUGCAUGCAAUAUGCAGGUGCAAAUCCUUUUUAACAAUGCUAAGGAGGCACCUACAAGUCCAGAAGCAGUACCCGAGCCUGGCGCAAAAGCACUUCAAUGGAUCAGAAUCUGUUAUCCUAGCUCGAUGGCUAAUGGGAAUCACAGUGGCAAUUGCUGAGCAGCGGCCCCAAGAUAUACAUGCACAGCUACGUGCUGCUGUGUUUGUCAAUGCCGUUGCAAUUCGCCAAGCCGUUUCCCUCCAGCAUGGCAUUGUUUUGCCACCUGAGAGCUUACAGAAGCUCCAAACUGCAAACUAUCUUUUCCACAGCGCUUUGAACAGCUUGGCGCAAGAGGCGGUGGCCGAAGGGCGUCUUCUUUGGAAGAUUCGCCCAAAGUUGCAUAAGAUGGACCACUUGGCUUUGGACCAGGCACCCCGCCUGUCGCCGAUGCACACAUCGUGCUACGGCGACGAGGAUCUGGUCUUUGGCGUGGCUGUGACACUGCUUUUGGUGGUGGUCUCUGGCAAUCUCAUCCACCGCGCGAGACUGAACUUCCUGCCUGAAUCCUUGGUGUCUGUGAUUCUGGGUGCCAUUCUGGGCUUUGCGCUCUAUGCGUCCGAUUGGGGCGGCGAACGGGACAACUUGGACCCCAAGUUGCAGUAUGCCGUCUUUAGUUUAUCCUUGAAGUUGUUCUGCUUGCCGAUGAUCAUCUUUGAAUCUGGUUGGUCUUUACGGCAACGGGACUUUUUCUCUCAGAUCGGCUAUAUUCUGAUCAUUGCCAUCCUUGGCACCAGUAUUUCGGUCGUUGUUGUUGCGGAAUUUCUGAUGUACACCUCGGAUUAUCACAACAUCAAGGACCCCAGAACUGCCGCGGCCUACGCCGCCUUGAUCAGCUCUACUGAUCCGGUAGCAACCCUUGCCACCUUCGGAGUUGCCUGGCUGAAGGCAGCGUGUGAGAAGGACUGGAGUCCUGGAGUUGUCGCGACAUUGUUUCGCCGUGUCGCCCCAGCUGCCGCAGAUGUACCGGGAGGAGCACCUUGUACCACAGAUUACCUCUUUUGA